CGUCUUACAAAUGCGACGAUAGAUUGACAGCUGAUAUUUAAUCUGGUACAACGGUGGCGGUAGCCACGGGCAUACGAGCUGAUAACGUCGUCCGCACUGGGGAAUUCACAUGGCGUGAUCUGCACCGUUAAUGCAGAUGCUUGCACAAGCUAUAAUUAAGCCGACUUUAUUAGUACGAGCUGCCGUGUGCUUCCGAGUCACUCCGCUUGUCUUCCUUCUUUCUCGGUUGUCGAGUGGGAGAUAUCAGUGUUGUAGAAUAUGGCGUCGCCUAAGAAACCUGACUCGUCUGGUUCGCAACGGGAACCUGAGGAACACCAUGACCAUGGUCAAGAGCACGGAGAGGCUUACCAGCCUGAAAAGUGUGAGCAGCAAGUUGGUGUUCCCGCCAGCAUAAUCGACCCUGCUAUACAAAAGAGAGUUGUGCGCAAGCUGGACCGCAACCUCGUUCCUCUUGUCACUGCUUUAUACCUCCUCGCCUUCCUUGAUCGAUCGAACAUUGGCAAUGCGCGCAUAGCAGGUAUGACAGAGGAUCUGAGAAUCACUGGCAAUUCGGACAGAUACGAUUGGUUACUUACAAUCUUCUACAUUUCGUACAUCGUCUUCGAAUUCCAAGCCAUUAUGUGGAAGGUUAUUCCACCGCACUACUGGGCGGCCCUUGUGGUGUUCAGUUGGGGACUAUUCUCGGCAGUACAAUCUGCAACAACGAAUUGGAGCGGUAUGAUGGCGCUCAGGUUUCUCCUUGGAUGGGCCGAGGCAGGCUUUGGUCCCGGCAUACCUUACCUGCUCUCCUUCUUCUACCUGAGAGAUGAGAUCGGCAUCAGGUGUGCCAUUUUUCUGGGCGCUGCGCCCCUUGCAAGCACGUUUGCAGGUGCACUUGCAUAUGGCAUAACGUCUGGUGAUACUGGUCUUGCACAAUGGAGACUAUUAUUCCUAGUCGAAGGUUUACCCACUAUUUUGAUGGCAGCCGUGGCAUUUUUCUUUCUACCGGACAGCCCAGCCAGUGCCCGGUUCCUAAAUGCCGAGGAGAAAGAGGUCGCAAGAUUACGUGCACAGAAGCAGGUCGGCAGUAGCAGUGAGGAGCGAACGGGCGGAAUCAACUGGAAAGAGCUUGGAGCGGGUCUCCUCGACAUCAAAGCCUGGUUCACCGCGCUCAUGUACUUCUCCUGCAACGUCUCUUUUUCUUCUCUGCCUGUGUUCCUUCCGACUAUCAUCAACGAGAUGGGCUUCGCUCGGGCCAAGGCACAAGGUCUUACUGCACCGCCAUUCUUCAUCUCCUGGAUCGUCACUAUCACUUCUGCCUUUAUAGCCGACCGCACAAAGCAGCGUGGUCUCACCAUCAUGGUCAUGUCUAUCGUUGGCGGUGUUGGCUAUGUAAUCCUCGCCACGACGCAGGCAACUGGGGUACGAUAUUUUGGGUCGUUCCUAGCUGCGGCAGGUAUCUUUCCUUGCAUUGCAAACAUCCUACCAUGGGUGCUUAACAAUCAAGGAACUGAUACUAGACGUGGUGCUGGAAUCAUUCUGUUGAACUGGAUUGGACAAUGUGGUCCAUUGUUGGGAACCCGACUGUAUCCUUCAACAGAGAAACCGUAUUACGUGAAAGGUAUGUUUGUGUGCGCUGCGUUCAUGUUCUUUACUACGCUUCUUGCGUUCGGUUUGAGGACCUUACUUUGGUGGGAGAACAGAAACCUAGACCGGAAAUUUGGGACUGUGGAGGAGCUAGAGGAGCAAGAGAGCGCCAGCGGACAAAGUCCUGGUCUGUCUCCUGGAGAGGAAAACUACGGGCCAAGGUUUCGUAUCCGCCCUCCCCCAAGUCAACAAUGCACCCCCUCCGGAGCAGUCAACACUGCAGCCGGCCUCACCAAUGCAGCAUCCGCCUUCAAACAAGCCACCCCUCCGGUUGAUGAGACAAUUCAGGUCAACAAGCUCACCAUCCGCCGCGAUGGCGAAACCCUUCAAGUCCUCGACUUCGCCAUCAGCGGUGGCAACAACGCCGACAACUUGCAAUGUACCGAGCAGAACCCCAUCCUCAGCGCCAACCCUGCCUUCAGCCCUUGCGCCCAUCCCGAGGGCACGCUUGCUGAGUGGCAGUUCAGGCUCCUCAAGGGCGAGAGCAAGCCCUACGAGAUUGAAAUCUUCCACCGCUUGACUGCUUCCUCUGGAAGGCACGGUGUCUUCGAGUUUGACCCUACCUGCACCAAGGGACCAGGAGGCCCCAAUAACGCAGUCUGCAAUCAGCCCUCAUUCAGCAUUGGUCUUACCAAGUACCCGUAAUUACUUACGGUUUCGGGGAAGGAUUUUGUACAAUAAUGGAGCCCCAUACAUAGCGAAGUCGGUCCUUUUCUAGAAUUCUUCUAUAUGUCUCAGUAUCUCAAUAUAUUUGAAACUUUAUCCUCGGCAACAAUUUCUUUCGACAUUUGACCCCUGAGCUACUAUUAUCUAUCACUAUUGAAUUGAUUGCAUAUGUUAUGCUUAUGAUUCAACAAGUAUGAUACAGCCAAACACUCUUCCAAAUUUCUGCCACGAAACAAUUAGAUUUCAGCUACUUGAGAGAGUACAACAUUGGGUUUGUAAUUAGUCGAUGUAAU